AUGACUGAUCCGGUAGACGAGCUCGAGAAUUUGUUCUCGUUCAGCGUUGUAGCUGCUAUUAUAGAGCACUGGCAGCGGCGUUUAGGAAUGCCACCUCAAGCAAGUCACCUCGGUCCGCCGCAACUUGGCAUGCAAAGCCCGCAUCAAGGCCCACCACAUCCUGCUCUACCUCCGCACAUGGUUCAACCACAUCCACAAAUGCCACCUCCAGACCAG